AUGGCUUCCAGUGCUUCUCCAAUAAUUUUUUCUGUACUCAUCAAUGGAAGAAAGGUAGAAAAGGAUAGCGACUGCAUUAUGUCGAGCUCCAACCUUGAUACUCUGAGCAAUGAGAGCAGACCACCAUUCUCGAAGAUAGCAAUGCGGCCAAACUCCACUUUAAAGAUCUUUAGCUUUAACUUCUUCACUCGAAGAAGUCCAGAUCAUGUUGACGAGGCAAAGUUGCUCCCCCAAUUUCCAGAGAGUGGAGUUAGGUACCAUCAUAUUUGCAUUAGUGAGCUUCUCGCCGAUGACCGGGCAAGUGAGGAUGUACUUGCGGUUGCGGCUGCGGCCACGACGACAGCAAUAGUUGAUAGGUGGAGGCCAUCUCCUUCAAGAUCUGGUCACAAAGACGAACGACUGCAAUGUUGUCCUGCAGUGCAACGACGGCGGCGAUUAGCAAUGGCAACAGUUGCCACCAUUGCUGUAGAACUAUUGCUUCAGAGAUUUGAUGCUCUUUGGGAUGAAUUAAUGAGGAUGAAUCCAUGCAAAGAAAAGAAAAAGGUUCUUCAAACCAUUUAUUUCUUGAAUCAUUCUAAGGCUGGAGUAAUUAAGAAUGCUGUCCAUGGUCUCAAGGUUUUUGUGGCUGAGCACAAGGACUUAGAGGGGGUGGAGAAGGCUGUGCAUGCUGCACUUGCUCAGAAGUUGGCUGGAAACAGUAUAAAAGGAUGUACUGAACAAACAAGAACAGUGAUCAUCUUCUCCGCGCGCUCCAAACAUCAUUCACCACCACAAUCAUUCCCUUUUCCCAACCCACCGCCAUUGAUGGGUUGCUGCUUUACCACCGCCCACCAACCGCAGAACCCCGACUCCGACAACGACGAGCACCACCACGACGCCCCAGACACCAAUGUCAACCCGGCCGAAGACACCGAUGUCAACCCCGCCGAGGUGAUGGCCCUCUCAGAAGACGGAUGGAACAUCAUCACCGAACAACAUCAAGAGGGAACAGCGCCAUUCCGCCAGUACACUCUUCACGAGCUAAUGGCUGCGACGGAUGGAUUCUCCGGCCAGAACUUUGUCUCAAAAGGCGGCGGUGAAAUCCCGAACAACACUUACAGGGGCCGCCUUCCUGGGGGCCAGCGAAUCGCCGUCAAGAGGUUUACCUUGUUGGCCUGGCCUGAUGAAGCGCAGUUCAGGGAGAUGGCGAUUAGAGGGGGAAGGUUGAGACAUCGGAGGCUUGUGAACUUGAUUGGGUACUACUGCGAUGCUGAUGAGAGGCUUCUUGUGGCGGAGUUCAUGCCCAAUGUUUCACUCGCCACUCAUCUUUCCAACUCUAGAAAUAGGAACAAGGAGUGGUCUAUGCGCUUAAGAGUUGCAUACUAUAUAGCAGAAGCCUUGGAAUAUUGCAUCAAUGAAGCACGAACUCUAUAUUUUGAACUAAAUCCAAAUAAAGUUCUUUUUGAUGAGGUCGGCAGUCCUUGCCUUUCUUGUUUCGGUCUUGCGAAAAAUCACAGGAAAAGUAGAUGCUACCGCACUAACAUUUCUUACAUGCCUCCAGAGUGCGUAGUGGGAAUGGUCACUCCUGAAAGCAUGAUAUACAGCUUUGGCAUUAUUCUACAAGAUCUACUUAGCGGAAAGCAAAUUCCGCGAGAUGAGGCACUAGAGCUGGUAUUGGGUAAAAAAAUCUGUAUCAUUCUAGAUUCUCGUUUGUAUGUUGAAUAUUCCAUUGAAGAGGCAACUGUUUUGAUGAAACUUGCUUAUCAAUGUUUGGAACAUAAUCCUACGGACCGACCCACUAUAGGAGAUGUUAUUGCAACCCUUGCACAAGUUCAAAACAAUGCUGGGGGACCAUCUAAUGCAAUCCCAGGGACUGAGGGGCAAGAUGCAUAAAACCUUACUUUUUCUUAGCAGUCCAGAGCAAGACACACUUGACCGUUCUCCACACAAGCUGUACAAACAUCACUUUUCCACAUUUGCCAAAACCAAAUAUUGGAGUGAACUUUUGCAUCAGAAACACCUAUUCCUUACUCAUUGAUUUGUUGGUGUACAUAGAUAAGUGUGAA